UGUGUCCCAAUGUGCAAUUGCUGUAGCUCCAAUUAAAUGUACUUCUUUCAUCAGCAAAAUAAAACAGGACCAUUCCAAUGAAUGAAAUAUUUGUGUUGUUUUCUAGUACCGAAAUCUGGUGUUUUCGAUUAGCUGCAAGACAUUAUACACAUACCCGAAUGAAAAGAUCGGAAAGAAAAUUUCGUUACCGUUCGCUAUUUUGAAUACAUGCGACCGUGUACUGUCACAUUUGACAUUCGAUCUGGUGACCAGCAAAAUGCCACUGACGCACCUCGCAGCUAACAACCUCGAUGAAAUCACCUUUCCUGUAUACAUGCCAGGUGCAUUCCGAAAACAAUAGCACCGAACUUCGCGUAGUAACAAUUCAAUCCACUCGCAGUUAUCUCGUAAGCACGCGACAUCAUUAGCACUGGCGAAUGCAGAUAGCACGAGAGACGGCUUGGGAAGCGAGGAUUUCAUGCGUGUGGCUGCUCUGCUGAGACGGAAAAACGCAAGCUCGAUAUGCCUUGCUAGGCUUUAACUAUGAAUGUUUUCAAUCGAGUGCUGCCUAGUAUGAAUCCUCAAGAGUUCGGUACUAUGGUUUGGAUGGGACAGCUUGCAUCACCGCUUGAUGAGAACUUAACCAACUACUACGGACCACCGGUAACGAGCGUCAUGGAAGACAUCACACAGCAGACCCAUGCUAUGGACAUGAAUCCCGCUGCCAUCAGCUCACUAAUCAGUGAAUAUAACGGACAUAUGUCGGCCAUUCCAACAACUUCCGGUUUGGCCGCGGUGCCAAAUGCUGCCGAGGCACUGGCGCUAACUAAUCCGGAAUUGUUCAAUAUUCAGCAGCAGCAGCAGCAGCACCAGCAUCAGCAGCAGGCGCAACAGCACCAACAGUUACUGCAACAGCAGCUUGCUUUAAGUGGAUAUGGAUUUUUAGAUCAAACCAGUGCAUUAUCAGCCGCAAACAGUGUUUCGCCGGACGGCACAUCAUCGGCCACAGGCAUUGGACCACCGGCUCUAGCCGGUGUUGGUAUGCGUCUGAUGGAUGGAAGUGGGAAAUUUGCAAUCGACGGUAGGGAACUGGCGGCAGCGGCGGCAGCAGCGGCUGCGGCAACAGCGUCUCCCUCGGACGAAGAUGGGAACAACGAAGGAUUAGAGGGUCCCGGAGAUGAUGACGAUCAUCCUUCGCUGCAAAGCUAUGGACAGUAUCAGCAGUUAAUGAACAAUGGGACGGGUAGCGAUUUCCUUUCCGUUGCGCGUCAGGACAUCAUGCUUCCUUACAAGCUGUUAAACGAUACGCAUAUGCUGCAAUCCCACUUUCUCGACUAUGACGGUAUGGCCGAUGCGUCUAACAGCAACAGUAGUAAUAGCAACAGUCGUUGCAGUCCUGGCGCGACGGCAACCAUGGACGUAGAUCAACACAAUGUUGCCUCGAAUCCAUCUCAGUCGCGAUUCCAUCAGCAACGACAAGAAGCAGCUAACAGUGGUGGUGCGGCUUAUCCAGUGGGAAUGUAUGGUGGUACGAUGCCGGUUGAACGGUACCCGAGCAAGAAAAUUAGACCAGUGAAGAGGCCUGGCCUUGUACUAAAAACUCCAAUAGCUUACAAAGGUGACAUAGAUCCGUCGGUGAUUCCUAUACAACGCGAUGGCAUGGUUCAUUUAUUUCAAUCACACCCACAUCAAACUGAAGCGAGCGUAAGAAAAGUUUUUCGAAAAUGUAUCCUUCGUAUUCUACCUUCAUCAAUCUGUGAAAAAUGCGGAGCCAUCGGAGUAAAGCAUUCAUUUUAUACAAAGCAAAGACGUUUCUGUAGUUUGGCAUGUGCUCGCUCGUUCGAAUCACUUCGCGUGUUCAGUGCACCGUUCCGAUCAGGAUCCGGAAUCAAAGCAUCCGGAACGGUAAACGACGACAGCAAACAUAUCGCCACGUCUUCUUCGUCGACCGAGGCAUCCAAUAUUGGUCUAUUAUCCUGUCCGCCUGACCAACUAAUAGACGAUUCGCAUUCAUCAACUGAAGAGUUGGACACCAAACGUGUGCCGUUACAGCAACUACACCAGCAACAAGAACAAGUACAAACAAUCGGUUAUCGAUUCAAGAUGUCUGGAACAUCUCUUACCCAACCGAAUACUAACAGUGGCGGAGGUAUCAAUAGCAAUAUUAGUAGUCACGAUGACAGCAGUAUCACAAACAAUAUUAUGCAUGGAGGCAAGAUGGUUGGAGGGACAGGCAUUCUGCAGGAGAUACUGCCACAGGAGGAGAUUCCCCAGUUGCCCAAAGGAACCCGUUUACCUUCGCCAUGCCCCCAAGACGAUCGUAUCAACAGCAUACGUAGGAAACCGAACGAGUUUCACAACUCUUAUGAUUGGACGCAAGCGUUAGCAGAUCCAAAGUUCUAUGCAGCACCAGUCACCUGUUUCAAACACGCUCCUGGUUAUGAAAUGUGGCCAAACGUCGUGAUCGGGAUGAAGGUGGAGGUAGAAAACACAGACUGUGAUGUUCAACAGGCACUGAUCGGGGGAAUGCCGCACAGUUUCUGGGUUGCGACAGUGCUACGCAUUUGUGGUUAUAAGGCCCUGCUUCGCUACGAAGGGUUUGAUUCGGACUCGUCGAAAGAUUUCUGGGUUAAUCUAUGUUCAGCAGAAGUUCAUCCGGUGGGAUGGUGUGCGACACGCGGGAAGCCUCUGAUACCACCAAAGAGCAUUGAAAAACCGUCCCCCGAUUGGAAAGAGUUUCUCGUGUCGAGGCUUUCAAAUGCGCGUACUCUUCCCUCGACUUUCUACAAUAAAAUCAGCGACAGUUUUAAAUCUCGAUUUCGCGUUGGUUUGAACCUGGAGGUGGUGGAUAAAAAUCGUAUCUCGCAAGUAAAACUGGCAACCAUCAGCAAGAUAAUCGGCAAGCGAUUGUACGUUCGGUACUACGAUAGCUCACCGGAUGACUACGGUUUUUGGUGUCAUGAGGACUCCCCACUGAUACAUCCAGUUGGUUGGGCAACAACAGUGGGACACAACCUGGCAGCACCCGAGGAAUACAUGGACAGGAUGAACGCGGCUAGUGAUCAAAUAUUGGAACCGCACGAAGAUGAUGCUACAAUGGACCUAUUCAAGACCAACUUCCAGUUCGAAGAGUACUGUUUCGAUGGCAAACAAACAGGUUUCGAGGAAAACAUGAAGCUGGAAGCGGUAGAUCCGUUAAAUCUUUCCUCGAUCUGUGUAGCCACAGUAAUGACAGUGUUGAAGUUCGGCUACAUUAUGGUUCGUAUCGAUUCGUACGAUCCGGACGUGAAUGGGGCCGAUUGGUUUUGCUAUCACGAAAAGUCACCCUGCAUUUUCCCGGUUGGGUUCUGUGCGAAGAACAAGAUUACUCUAACACCACCAAAAGGGUACGAUCUUAACACGUUUACCUGGGAGCAGUAUCUACUGGAUACCAAUAGCAAACCGGCCACGGAGGACAUCUUUCAUCGAGAUCAAAUUCGGCAACGGUUUAAGGAGGGAAUGAAAUUGGAAUCUGCCGAUCUCAUGGACCCUAGACUGAUAUGUGUAGCAACGAUUGCACGCGUGGUUGGACGUUUGUUAAAGGUGCAUUUUGAUGGAUGGGAAGAAGAGUACGAUCAGUGGUUGGAUAGUGAAAGCCCCGACAUCUAUCCAAUUGGUUGGUGUGUACUUGUGGGACACAAGUUAGAAGGGCCCCGUAUUUUGCCGAAAGUCGUACCGACACAAAAAAUUUCUCCCAAAACGACGAAAAAGGGCAAACGAAAGAAGAAGCUAAAGGUGGAGCCAUCGCAUGAUGACGAAAUAAGAGGUUGUACAUAUUAUAUUGAUAACUUUACAGCUCAACCUGCUCCGACAACACGUACGGCAAGAAUCAAAAAGGAACAAGAGCACUUUGAGCAACAGAAAUUACUGGCAGCGAAUCCGGCCCAAUUUGACUACAGUUCUCUUGGACAAAUAGUCACGUCCGAUUUGGGCGGUCAGCUAUCUCAACAGUAUUCGAGUGACAACAGUGCUUCACUGCUAAUGGGAAGUCAACUGCAAAUGCAACAAAAUCAACAACCAUCCGAGCUAGCAGCAAUGGGAUUGAGUGGAGACGUCACCGGCACAUCGCCCGCUUUGCACACAUUCAUAAAGAACGAACCAAAUCACAACACAACAGCUUCCCUGCUCAGUGGAACGAGCUUGCUGGGCCCAAUCUUCGAUCAUUCGUCUAGUGGGACCGCUGGAACGGCUACCACCACAACGGGUAACAUGAUCGACCAAGACGAUAUCGAUAUGCGCACAGAGGACGAGGAUGGUGAGUCCAGUUCCGCCACCGGACUUCCAUCCACUGCACCAUCUUCCGAGAUAGCGGACAACGAGACAGACAAGACUAUACCACGAUUAAUUCAACAUGAUUCAGCAAACAGUGGAGCGUCGCCGGAUUCAAUCGGUGGCGGUGUCGCAGGCGGAUCGUGCAACUCGAACGGAAGUAAUUCUGGAGCUAUUGUGGCAGGUUCAUCGAACUCGUCUUCCUCCUUCGGUAUGGCAGUUACGAACAGCGGACAAAUUAUGCCAGAAAGCUGGGAAGUGAAAGACGUUGCCACCUUUCUUACUAUAAAUGACUGUGCCGUUCAUGCCGAGCAGUUUGUGCAGAAGGAUAUUGACGGUAAGCGUUUGCUCGAGCUCAGCAAGGACGAUAUCAUUACACUGCUAAAUCUGAAAGUAGGUCCGGCGCUUAAAAUUUUCGAUCUCAUUCAGCAACUGAAGUGUAAAAUCGAUCCGACCAAGUUACGCCACCUUUCGAAAGCAACGGGAAAAAAGUUUUUGUAGUAACUAUCUUUGAAACACAAGCUUUGUCGCCUUGGAGAACAAACCACGCAUGCUACGAUGAGGGUUGACGGUACUGCGCAUUUUUGGCUUGUCAUCAUUUUUGUUUGGUUUUAAUUAAUUUGUUUGAUGCGCAUAAACCGCGUUUUGGAGGAUUUUUUGUAUAUCCAUGUGCGAGGGGGAAGGGGGUGGGGCAUAUAUUUUUCUUCAACUGCAACUUAAUCGUGUGCAAUCAUAAAUUUCUGUUUCCGGUAAUUAAUUUUCUAACUCUUUUCAUCGUUCGAUCUUACAUGUGUAGUUGAACACAGAUGCAACUUAUCAUUUAUACUAUUAUCAGGUUUUUAAUGUAGAAUUCCUCAUUUAGUUGAGUUUUUAUUUUUGAAAUUCAUUUUAUGAAUUGAAUGUGAGUGUAUUGCCCAGUGAAAUAGGGGGAACACUGUUCUAACAUUAGAAUUUUGUUUUUUUUUAAGCUAUUUUGAAUACGAUGUAAUUUCACUGUGGCUAUUGGAAAUUUUGGAAUUGUUGGAAGCUAGCAUUAUUUUUAUACCAAUACUGGUAGUGAAGGUAGUAUAAACUAAUUGCUUUGAACACUAAUAUAAAUUUUGUCAACCAAGUUCAAUGUCGAUGAACCUUAUUAUUCGUCGACUAUUGACAAUUGAAUCGCCCGCGUAAACCUGUUACGGUGAAGGUGCACAAUGUUAUUAAUUUGUAGGUCGCAGCUAAAUAUUUCAAGAUUCAAGUCAUUAGUUUCACAAAUGCUUGUUAAAUCAAAAUUAUUUUCAGUGAAACAGGAAAUUUGGAGAAACAGGAGGAGCCGUUUUACACAUUUGAUUAAUCUAGCAAGAAAAUAAUACAAAUACAAUUAAUCAACUUGCUGUGGACAUAAACCACAUAUGUUAACACAACAGGAACUCACGAAUCAGGGAAUGUUAUGCAGCAAUCAAACAUGGAAGUAUGGUGGCCUCUACUAAUAAGCCGUGAUUAAAGGACUAUCAACAGUCAAACCAAUAAGUCCAACAAACACCAUGCCUAUAACGAUUUGUAUGUAUGAAUUUUAGUGCACUAUGAAACCAAAUACAACACUGUUCCCGAGUUACGCAUCCUUUCCAAUCGGCGCUAUGCUGUUUUCCAAAUUUCACAGUUCUUGGAGCAAAUUGAACUGAUUGGUCACAUGAAUUAUCCAAAUGCAUUACGAACUGCCUGUUAGCUGAAAUUAAAAAAAAUCACAAAAGGAAUAAGUUGAAUUUCUGGACGAGAGUCACAUAAAACAAUAAUUUAAUAUCAAUUUCAUUGCAAACAAACAACUCCCUUUUAUUGAAAUAUCUACCACUGUCGAGGUAUUUAGGCUGAACAAACGAAACUCAACAUACGCGUAUGAAAUAGUUACGCAGUUCAUUUUGGAUCGCUUUAACUGCGCAACCGCGCUCGGUUUGAGCAUUUUCGAGAGAAUUUAACAAGGCAAAUGAUAUCGCAAGUUCUUCAAAAAUCACAAGCAUAACUUUUUGGGCCUGCAGAUGUUGCUGGAUAAUCUAUCCUUGCUUGCCAUAAGAAUAUUUGGUCAGAUGAGGCAAUUUUUCGUACAAAGCCUUCGAAGUGUGGAAAUUGUAAAAUUUUGAUCGAUUGCAAUAUUGAUAAUAUAACGGGUUGUUUCUCCGUUAUACUAUAAUGGCGUAUUUUAAUGCUAGUACAAUUGAAGGCAAGGAACAUAUGUUUCCUUAGCACAAAUUCGGUUUUAGUCUCUGUUCCGGUACGUAGAGUGUGCAGAAGCUCCUGGUCGGUGACACCAAACAAUUUUCAAGAUUAAAGCACACAUUUAACGCAAUGAAUAUAAUGAUUAACUCAAAUCAAAGCACUUUAAACUGCAAUAACUUCUCGUUCAGUUUGCAUAUGUAAUAAUCUGCGUAAUAAGAAAGGAAGAAAAUGGUUUUAAUGGUUAACGGAUGGAGUUUAGUUUGAGUUAAUUGUAGCGCAGAAAGUUUUCUUUAUUCGAAUCAUAGUGUAAAGACUUAUUCAUUUUACAACGGUUGUCUCGCUUAAAUUGUCGCCGGACUGAAAUGUCUGAAGUAGAUAUUAUAUUAGGUAUAUUAUUGAUUCCCAAUGCGGCAGUGGUAGAAAUUGAAACAACAAACACAAUGUACUAACACUGAGUGAGUGGACAUCAUAGUUAAGCGUUGAUAGACAACAAAACAACAAUUGUACAGUCAUUUUUAGGAUAUAAGACAAUAGAAUGAUCAGUAAAGCACGUGUAUAAGGUUAGAUUAUGUACAACACGUUAAGAUGAGAAAACUCCUAAAAAGUAUCGAAUGUGCGGUAAUUGAGGGGUUCUGUGCGAAUAAAAACGCAUGGUUGAAUAAAUAUUUUAUUAAAAAAUUA